AGAUAUGGGACAGGUCCUAAGACACUUCCUUAAGAGAGUGGAACGCCCCUCUUUCAUGGGCGACACCGGUAUUCUUCCUAGAAGUCGCCAUUUGCGACUGGGCGCUCCGUAGCCACUCGGUGCCUGGCGCUGAAACAUGGGGUGCUUUGCCUUGUUCUUCGACACGUUGGUGUCCUUGCCUCUUCUGGCACUGGUAGUCGCCGCUGUAAUAUCUGCUGGUAUACCAUAUGGACCUGUUAGCAAUCCGGACAAUACUAAACACCUCCGUGAAUCCAAAUGUCUCAACAAAACAUAUGAAUCGGUCUGGAAUUCUGUUAAACAGUUCUUAGAGACCGGCGACAUGACAAGCGGUGAACUGGCUGUGAAGUGGACAGAUAACUACGCACACUGUUUUCAAGCGAUGGCCGCAGGAGGUACAUUUUCUCAGUAUAUUUCGUUUCAGUCUGAGCUACGAAACCGAGAACUAGGCUGUACAGAAGUUGGAUUUAAAAUAAUCAAAGAGAUUUACGAACUGGCAAAAAUGAAUAUUCAUAUUAGGGAGUAUGGUAAGAAAGAACAGAAUCUGACAGAACAAGACACGGGAGAGGACGUGUAUGAAUGUAUAAACGAACUAACAUCCUUGCUAAAGGAUUCUAUCACUGAACAUAAGUUACUCUUGCAAAAAGUCACGUAUGUGCAUUCUCUAAUGCAGUCUUGCAUGAUUAGUUCUUUUAAUGGUUCUUGGAUCUGUAUGUUGCUUUCUGAAGAAGAAUGGAAGAAGCAAAUCAGCAACAAGACAGACAAGUUGAAACAUUACGAACACAAAUGUGAAGAAUUGAAAAAUGAAAGGUUUUUCGGCUACUAUGUGAACCCGGUGAUUUACAGUGUGAUAUUUCUUGUUGGUUUGGUGGGCAAUGGAAGUGUAUUAUUAAUAUUUGCAGUAGAAAAGGAUGUGCGAACGAAACCCAAUGUCAUGAUACUUAAUCUUGUUGUUGGCGACACACUCAAUUUGCUGAUAAAUAUUCCUCUGCAUUACGUGAUACAUUAUUCUUAUAUACUGAGUCCACUGACUGGCUUUUCGUGCCACCUGCUCGCCAUGACUCGUUUCUUGUUUUUCGCGGUUAGCGCCCUGUCUGUGGUAUCACUGAGUGUCCAGCGUUACUGCAUAGUUGUACACACACCGUGGCGACAUCACACGUCCAGAAUUCUUGUGUUGUAUAUCCUGAGUGUGUGGGUGCUAGCCAUCUUCGUCUCCUUACCAGAAACUUUGAUCAUCACUGAACAGAAAGGAAUGUGUCUCGUGUAUAACGCGAGGAACGGGAAUAUCGUCUUACUGUUAAGGUUUCUAUUUUACUGCGUGGCGUGCCCAUGUAUUAUGGUUAUACUCAGUGUCAUCACCGCGAGGCGGCUGUGCAGUAGCACCCGAGACGUUCCGAAUCAGUUAUGCAACAGUAGAUUGGAGCGCUCUCGCAAAAGGAGUGCAAAAGUUCUAAGAAUCCUGGCUCUUGUUUUCGUUAUUACUUACAUACCGACUUUCACGUGGAACUUCGUGAGCUGUUGGUUUCAAGAUGCACUGACAGCGCUCCCUAACAUUGUGACUGCUUCUAUCGAUAAAGUGUCCUACCAUCUCUUAUUCCUGAACGUGUGCUGCAACCCGGUAGCGCUGUACACUGCUAGCAGUGCGUUCAGGAAACCACUAGAUAGGUACAUUCUUCGCUGUUGUAAUAAAGUGCACAGAAAACCAUAGAGUUCCAGUCAGUGCGUUUGUAUUGAUUGAUCAGUAACUGUCAGAUGACAGGUCCACAGUCUCUUCCAAAACAGUUCCUCCAC